GCUAUAGGCGCUGCUCCAACCGGAAGUUCACAACUAUGACGCGACUCUGGUUUCCGGUUAAUUUCAGGCUGCAAGGCUACAUCACUGUAUGGUAACUUCUGCCUUGGAGUGGUAACUACUGGGGUAUUUCUUAUCCAGAACAUCUCGUAAGCAAAUCUCGUUUUGGUUCGUCCUGUGGUUUCACCGGGCUUGCUUUAGUUCAUUCUGCAGCAUCAUGAGCAAACGGAAGUCCAGGGAAAAGCAUUUGGCUGUGGGAGAAUGUGUAUCACAGGUCCAGAGAGUUCUGAGGGAGCGACUGUGUCACCAAAGGCUUCCUGAUAAACCUGUGGGCCUGGAAUCACAGUACAAGCAUCUGUUGGAGCUCCUGAAGAGGACAGUGGUUCACGGUGAGAGUAACUCGGUGCUCAUCGUCGGUCCACGUGGCUCUGGGAAAACGAUGCUGCUACGUUGUGUCCUUAGAGAGCUGCUGGAGGUCCAGGAGGUGAAGACGAACGUGCUGCAGGUUCAUCUGAGCGGUCUGCUGCAGACGGACGAUCGGAUCGCUCUGAAGGAGAUCACACGCCAGCUUCAGCUGGAGAACGUCGUCGGAGACAAAGUCUUUGGCAGCUUCGCCGAGAAUCUGGUCUUUCUGCUGGACGCUCUGAAGAAGGGUGAUAAAAGCAGCAGUCGGCCCGUCUUCUUCAUCCUGGAGGAGUUCGAUCUGUUGGCGCAUCAUAAGAAUCAGACCCUCCUGUAUAACCUGCUCGAUGUAUCGCAGUCCGCUCAGGCUCCUGUAGCUGUGGUGGGCCUCACCUGUAGACUGGAUGUGCUCGAGCUCUUAGAGAAGCGUGUGAAGUCACGGUUUUCCCACAGACAGAUUCACACGCUGAGCUCUCUGAGUUUCCGUCAGUAUCAAGACGCUUUUCGGUCUGAGCUCACGCUGCAGGAGAACUUUCCUGACACAAAGUUCUGCCAAGAGUGGAACCUCGGCAUCAAGAAACUGUGUGAGGACAAGGCAGUGGAUGAGAUUUUACAGAAACAUUAUAACUCCUUUAAAGACUUUCGCUCACUACACUCACUGCUGUUGCUGGCAGUGAGCCGUGUUUCUGUCUCACACCCGACUCUGAGAGCUGUAGACCUACUGGAGGCCAGUCGAAUGAGCUCCUCUGACUCAAAAGGCAACAUGGUGCACGGUCUGUCCAUUCUGGAGUUGUGCUUGAUUAUCGCCAUGAAGCACCUGAAUGAUAUCUACGAAGGAGAGCCUUUCAACUUCCAAAUGGUCCACAACGAGUUUAAGAAAUUUCUUCAGAGGAAGUCCCACUCCAUCCAUAACUUCGAGAAGCCGGUGGUGUUUAAGGCAUUCGAGCACUUACUGCAGCUGGAGUUGAUCCAGCCGGUGGAUGGCGGAGUGUGUAAAGCGCAGAAGGAGUACCAGCUCAUGCGCCUCAUGCUCGAUCACACCCAGGUCAUGGAAGCUUUGCAGAGAUACCCCCAAUGCCCCACCGAUGUCAAACAGUGGGCCGUGUCUGCCUUCGGGUGACGUUUCACCUGUAAACAUCCUACACGUUUAUAUGCAUAUGUAUUAUAUAUAAGGGGGAGGUGGUAGUUUAGUGGUAAUGGUAUUGGUCUUUGAAAUCCAAAAGUCCCAGAUACACCAAACUACCACUCCUGGGCCCCUGAGCAAGGCCCUUAACCCCCAUAGCUGCUCAGUUGUAUGAAUGAGAUAAAUGUAUAAAUAAUGUAUACAUUAGUUUUUGUUUACACGAUACCCUUAUCAAGAGUGAUGUACAUUUCUCAUUCAUAAAUAAAUAAAUAAUAAAACGUA